CAUAUAUUUAUUAUUCUCUAACAUAACAGUUGCAUUUCAGUGCAUUUUAGUGUUUACUGCUCAAACUAUAAGGUUGAUAAUGGCGUGUGUAUUUAGAAAUUUUGGUGGUUAAAAAUUUACGUUUUCGGGAUAAUUCGUGUAGAGUAUGUAACUGUCAUUACCGGGCAUUAAUUAAUCAUUUGGCGUUUAAUUUGGGGGCUAUUUCGGGAUGCUAUUUGUAAAAUUAGUAAGGAAUGCAUUGUACAUAUAUUUAAUUGUUCGCGUUGGUCCGUGAAAUUCAAUGGAAAUCGUGUGUUUACUGUAAAUUAAGUUAGUCAAUAUUAUUGUUGCCAGCCAAACAAUUUGCCGUGGAUGUUCGUGUAUCUAGUGAUCAUGUAUAACAGCAACAACUUUUUGUUUGAAGUCAGUGGUUAACACUUUAGAAAUUUAUCCAGACAAUAGUUAAAAUCCCAUGAUCAAUAUAGGGCCAUGGGAAAAUCAACACAAUGUGUUUUCCCAUAAAUGUAAGAUAUUUACACUUAAGGCUACUCAGUCGUUUCGUACUGAGGAGGCGGUUAGCUGCGCGUAGACAGAAAAAGUAUAAAAAGUUCGGAAGCAAACUCAAGGUGUCAUGGCGGAAACGUUAAUAUGGUUACUUAUUUACCUCCUCAGCGGUGUGACGUGCCAAAGAUUAGAUCUCACAUAUCCAAACCGCACGGGAAUAUGUAAAGGAGGACUCUUCACAAGCAUUCCGCAUCUGAGGGACCUGGAUGGGUGCGUCGUUAUCAUAGGCAGCCUAGAAAUAUUCAUUGAAAGAUCUGAAGUUGAAGGAUUUAGGAAUGUGACGUUCCGGGAGCUAAGAGAGAUAACAGAAUACCUGGUGAUAUAUCGAGUGAGGGGAUUGAAAUCAGUUGGAAACCUCUUUCCCAACCUGACGAGGAUAAGAGGUGCAAAGUUGUUGAACAAUUUCGCAUUGAUUGUUUACGACAAUGGGAACCUGAUUGAGAUUGGUUUGUAUCGGCUUUUGAAGAUCGAUAGAGGUGGGGUGACGAUGUGGUCUUUGCCUCAAGCUUGCUUUGUGGAUACUAUAGACUGGAAGGUCUUGGCUCCAAGAUACCGUCACGUGAUCAGUCCGCCUGAUGUGAAGACUGCAUGUAAUGUAGCUUGUUCGUGCACAAGAAAUGUCUCAACCAAUCAUUGUUGGAAUAACAUGAAAUGUCAGCUAUAUCUCGAGGGACCCGAAGCUGAUAAAUGCAACGACCAGUGUCUUGGAUGUCGUAAAACAAAUAAGGAUGUGUGUUUUGUUUGCCGUCAUUACACUUACAGAGGGAAGUGUGUGGCUGAAUGCCCACCGGAUUCAAUUCUUCUUCCAGAUAGCCAGUAUUGUAUAACAGAGGAAGAAUGUCUUGAAAUCGACCGAUGGGUGUGGAAUAACACUUGUGUUUCACAAUGCCCUGUGGAUUACAUAGAGAAGUACGAAACUCAUGAUAACAUAACCAGAGUCGUCUCAUGCAAACCCUGCACACAUUGUGAAAUUACCUGCGGGAAUCUAAGGAUACAGUCACUGAGCUCAAUUCAGAAUGCUGAACGAUGUGUUUAUGUAAAGGGAUACUUGAUUAUCCACGUAAGAUCUAUUCCAGGAGCAAUAAGUGAUCUAAAGACAUACCUCGGUCAAAUUGAAGAAGUUUCACAGUACGUAGCUAUAGAAGGCUCUGACAUAACCUCUUUAGAUUUCCUGUCAUCACUUCGAACUAUUAAAGGAGAAAAACUCCGGGAUGACCAAUAUAGUCUCGAUGUAAAUUACAAUUACAAUCUUCAAUCAUUGUUUACGGACAAUGUUCUAAAGAACUUACAAAUUAAAAAAGGAUCGGCUCGAUUUGAGAACAAUCCAGUCCUUUGCAUGAGUAAAAUUGAUGAAAUUAUAAGUCGUUUGCCAAUCGCACCAACACCCAUUGAUAUACCUGAAGGCUCAAAUGGGUACAAAGGGGCGUGCAAAGAAGUGGCUUUCCAAUUUAAUAUAACAACUACUAGCGAAUCAUCAGUAUUGAUCACGUUUUCUCCAGUUCUCGAUCACAAUAUACAUUACUCUGCAUUAUAUGUGCGAUUACCACCUGGAGUCCAUACUACGGUAGUUCCUGAAACAUGCAGCGAAUUUGAAUGGCACGCCACUGAUGUGCCAACUGAUGAUAAAAACUACGGAGUUGUGGAAUUAAAAUCAUUGCAUCCAGCGUCGACUUAUGCACUGUGCAUAGAAAUAUACCACCCUGAAAAGAGACGACUGAUGAGAAGCAAUAUAUUCAACUUUACAACACCUGUAGGAAUACCAGAGCCGCCAUUUAUUGUAGAAUUAGUAGCAUCAUCUUCAGACGUCGUGGUGUUACAUUGGGUUGACCAUAAAUACUACCUAAGUCACAUUGAUCGCUAUGAAUUAGAUGUAGUCAUGAUCGAAAUGAACUCGAGGGAGUCUCCUGCAGUUGAUUAUUGUAAAUCCAAAGAAGAUAAUCUUGACGUAGACUAUACUGAACAUGCGGUGGUGAGAAGACCACCUCCGGAGUAUGCAAGAGGCUGUGAGUCCAUGUGUGGUGUGCUUUCUACCGUCACUCUUGGAGCCAUGGUAGAAGAGUACUUCGAUGUCUGCGAUGAUAGUAUUUUCAUGUGCAAUAAUGAAGAAAGUAUUAUUUCAACAAACUCCACUUAUGGAAAUUAUGUACGUACACUUGUUUUAAACAUAAGCAGCCCGAAACCGAAAAAUGGUUUCCAAGUAGGUGGUCUGGCUCCGUAUAGUGACUACAAAUUUAGGUUAAGAGCUUGUUCUGGCAACCAUUGCAGUAGAUCAGCUAAAGGGGUCGUCAGAACCUUUAGUUUGAAGAACGCUGAUAUUCCUACUAUAACCUACACUCAUGCGAACCAAUUCGGUCACAUUUUCUUGAAGUGGAAUCCUCCGAAUGUAACGAAUGGUCCAAUAUUGGCUUAUUCCAUAGAAGUAAUGCCACGAAAUAAUAUAAAUAAUCUGAUGCCGCAAACAUGGUGCGUAUUAGCUGAAGAAACCAGGACUUUCGUACAAUCUGUGAUAAUACCCAUAUAUUUAGUUAGGGUGUGUGCUAAGACACUCGCCUCGAGUAAAUCUUGCAGUGAUUGGACCAAAAUCACAGUCGAUAAUAAGUCGAAGAUGGUCAUGUUAUGGACGGGGGUGGUAUGCGGCAUUUUAAUAUACAUUGGUUCGUGUGCAGUCGGAUGGCUUAAGAGAAGAUUAAGACAUCGCAGCGAUGUAGUGCCCUUAGUCGAUAGUUCAUCUUCGUCACGUGUCGAGAGCGAUCCGCCGGGGCUGAUUCUAUCAGAUUUCAUGCCAUUUCAUACGAUACCUUUGGACUAAUAUAACAUCUACGUGUGUACGAGUGAAAAUUGCAAUAAUGAUGUAUUAAUUUACAUUUCAAGGAAACAUCAUCAAUAAUAAACUGAUCAACUGGAAAAUUCUCAGUUGAGCAAAUUAUUAACAUUUAGAUUGAAUAUUUAUUUCGUUGGCACGCGAAACAGUUGAGCUGAAAUGUCUGUUUUUAAUUAAAUUGGUUCGUUGUUACGUACGGAACACUUGUUUCUGUAACUUUACUUCAAAGCCUUUACGAAAUGUAAAAUUUUAAAAGCUUGAUAAAGCUUUUGUUUUUUUUUUGCAAUGAAAUGUGCUUCAAGUAUUUUAUGUACUUUGUGUACGUGCCAGGGUUGUCAUUGAAAAUAAAUGUACUAUUUCCUGUAUUUUUUUUUAUUUUAUUAAAUGAUGCAAGGCCUUCUCGUGAGUUAGACGCAUUUGGCGAGAUAUUUUUUGGGUAUGGGUGACUUGCGGACCCUCGAUUAUGAAGGACCUCACCACAAGGUCACAACGACGACGACAGUCAAUUAAUUCCAUCGAACUUCAGCUAUGAGUUAUUGUAUGGUAUUCGUAAAUAGGUAAAGAAAU